UGGGCGGUGUUCGAUUCAAGACAAACGCGGAAACUUGACAUCACGGAUGAUACGCACUUUUGUUUGUUGACCUUUUCUUAUGUCGUGUUCCAGAGAUAUAGUCGGCAUACUCUUCAGUUUGUUUUAAGAUCUAGCUCUUCUUUAUGUUGGUGUUUGUUUUAAUUUGUACAUGGUACACGAAGAGUUGAGCGCUCGUCUGAACGAUGGCGGGUAUAAGAACUGGCUGAAAGCGGGGUACUGCCUCCUCAAACUGCGGGAGGGGUUYCACCCUUUCACCGAUACUGAGAUGAGAUCCUUCCACGGAAAUCUAGUCACUAGGAACCCAGGUCUGCGGCGGCCGUGUCAGAGCGGGUGCAGAUCCAAAGGGAAUCAGCUGUACUCUGUGUGUGUGGUGUGCACAGAGUGGAGGACCGUGAUCCUGAGGCACCACACAAACCCCAGGGGGAUGGUGAACUGGGGGAAUUGCAGACCCCCACUCUGGAACCAGGACCACUGGGAACUGGCCAAGGCCUACAUGCCGCGGGGUCAAGCUGGGGUUAAGGGGGCGGAGCUGUGUGACGUGUCUGCACUGCUCAACCUCCUCAACUUCUGCUCCCACUUCAACUACGUAGACCAGCACUGUGUCAGAGAGGUUAUCAGGUGUAGGAACGAGCUGAUGCACUCUUGUGAGAUGCGAGUGUGUGACCAGUGGAUGAGGCGCUACCAGGUCAGCAUACAGCAGCUCCUACAGCAAUUCACACACCUACCAGAAGUGGCAGCAGCCGGACAACAGAUACUAGAGAUGCUGGCUGUUGAUUUGUCGGUGUUAGUUCCUGGUGUGGACCGAGUGGACGGUUCCGUGUCGGAGGGGUUSGAGCCUGAGUCUAUCAGCCAAUGGGAAACGGACUUGCUGAGAGAGAGGCUGCAGGAGCUGCUUACUGACACAGACACACAGGACACUGAGGAGUUGCUGAGACUGAGGGAUUUCCUCCUGGCCAACAGAGACUUGAGUGACCAGUUCUCCUCUGAACUCCAGACCAUCACAUCAAUGGAGACACAGAUGAGAAGGGGAGGAGGGAUGAGAGAAGGGGGAGAGAAAGUAGGGAAUGAAGUGGAGACACCUGAGUAACCAGUUAACCUACUAACUCAUCAGAGAAGAGGGGCGCAAAGGUGAGGACUGAACCAGAAGAGAUAGAUGACUCAAGUGCCCAAAAGCCAGCUUUAGCAUGGGCAGCGCRAUUGAGGACUUUCACCAUUUUUAAGUAGUCAACUGGGUGGGACUUCCUAUGGGUUAAGG